CUCUCUCUCUCUCUCCAACCACAUUUCUUCUUCUUCUCCUCUGCAGAAGAAGGUCGAGAGCACAAGACAUGAGCUCAGUUAUGGAGACUCUCCAGAUCCGGAGAUUCGCAUCCCUCCCGGUCUCGCAACCCUCCUCCGCCGACGCCGGAGAUCAGCCGGGGCUCCUCCGCCGUCGCCUCUCGUCUCUCUCCCUGAACCUCUCCCAGCCCGUCGCGGAUCGAUUCCCCAGAUCCAAGUCUGUUUCCGCCAUGGGAGAGCAAGCGGGGAGCUCCAUAAGAGAGUGGUGGGGUUGGGGAUGGGCAUGGAUCCUCUCCAGGAAACCCAUCUUCGUCAGAGAUCUGGAGAUGGACAAGGACGAAGCUAAGGUACUGGGCUCCCACAACAGGGGGAGUCUCAUGCAUGUCUUCUUCAAGCUCCGGUCGGAGAUCCGCCGCCUCCUCCGCUCCUCAGACGGCGGCGACGCCCUUCCUCUCUCCUGCAAGCACGGAGCUCGGCGAUGACGUGGCGAUUUCCUCUGUCGGCGCGAUCUUCACGGAUCGAAUCCAUUCCCAUGUGUGUGUGUGUAUUUUUUUCCCCCAAAUUCUCUUCGUUUUGCCAAUUAACGAGAGUAUAAUAUAUUGUUCUUGUUGUUAUGUGGGCUAUAAAUUUCUUAGAUUAUUAUUUAUUUAUUCGUUUGUUUUUCCUUUUUUGUUACAAAGUUUGUGCAGAUGUAUUGUAAUAACCAUCCGAUUAAAUAGAAAAAAAAAUUGGUCCAUCUAUCUA